CUAAUUUGUAAAAAGUUCAUACUACUACAACAACUAAUGUUCAUUGGAUAGUCAAGUUUUGCUUUCCCUCAUUAUGGGUGCAAGAAAGGAUUAAUGAGUUAUAAUACAGUUUGUGAUUGAUUGUUACUAAUGGAAGAAGGCAAAGACCCAAAUGCUACAACAAAUGUAGUUAAACCAAAUCAAUCAAGGGUUUUGCCACAACUUACACCACUACUUUUGUUAUUUCUACUUUUAUGUUUUUCAAUUUGUUUGCUUAUUAUUUACAUGAUUCGUACCGAAGUGAACACAACAUUAGUUUCGUUAACUCCCAUUCUACAACCAUGUGUCCAAGAACAACCAAAGACAAAUCUUGAUCAAUGGAUCAAAUCUCCUUCCAAGUUGUUGCAUACAAUGAGCGAUAAAGAGCUCUUUUGGAGGGCUUCUUUUGUACCACAGUUGAAGAAUUAUCCAUUUACAAGAGUCCCAAAGAUUGCUUUUAUGUUCUUAACUAAAGGGCCAUUACCAUUGGCUCCAUUGUGGGAAAGGUUUUUUAAGGGACAUGAACACCUAUAUUCAAUUUACGUUCAUUCACUUCCAUCAUAUAAAGCUAAUAUUCCGCCCGCUUCUGUUUUUCAUGGGAGACAAAUACCAAGUCAGGUAGCAGAAUGGGGUCAAAUGAGUAUGUGUGAUGCUGAAAGACGACUCUUAGCAAAUGCUCUUCUCGAUAUGUCAAACGAAUACUUUGUUCUUGUAUCUGAAUCAUGCAUUCCUCUCUUCAACUUCACUCUAACCUACCAUUACAUUACCAACUCUAGAUACAGCUUUAUGGGAGCUUUUGAUGACCCUGGGCCCGUUGGCAGGGGACGCUACAACCCCAACAUGUUGCCAGAAGUCAACAUCUCACAAUGGAGAAAAGGAUCCCAAUGGUUUGAGAUCAACCGGAAUCUUGCUUCUGUUAUUAUCUCCGAUUUGACUUACUAUCCAAAGUUUGAAGAGUUUUGCAGACCUGCGUGUUAUGUGGACGAACAUUAUUUUCAUACCCUGUUGACUAUUCAGACACCGGAUUUGAUUGCAAAUCGUAGCUUGACUUGGGUAGAUUGGUCGAGAGGUGGUCCACACCCUGCCACGUUUGGGAAGUCUGAUAUAACAGAGGAGUUCAUGAAGAAGCUUCAUGAAAACCAUGACUGUAUGUAUAACGGAGAACCUUCUUCAGUUUGUUAUCUUUUUGCAAGGAAGUUUUCUCCUGGAAGUUUAGAGCCACUGUUUCUCCUUGCUCCUAAGUUUUUUGGUUAUUGAGAAAUUGAGUUGCAAGUUGAAUGGAGGUCUUGAGGAAAAAAGAAGGAAGUUGAAUUGGUGGGAGGAAACUUUGCUGAUUUGGGAUCAUACGCAAGUAGAUGAAUUUUUUUCAUAGACGAUGUACAUUUUUACUGGCUAUUAGACUUAAUUAAUUUCAUAGAUACAGAAAUAGUUUUCCAAA